AUGAUAUAUUCAUCAGAGAGGCAACCAUUAAUUGAGAAAAUACAAGCAGAAGAUGAAAUAUCAACUUCUAAUUAUCAAAUCUUUAAAUCAUUAAAUAUUUUUCAAACUUGUUUACCAAAAUUUACAAAAUCCAGUCCUAAAUAUUGUGAUUAUGAUUCGGAAGAUGAUGAAGAAGAAAUCAACUAUCCUAUACAACCAACUAUUCAAUCUGGCUACUCAGCAAGUGAAAAACUAUAUCAAUUACGUAAAUCGAUGAAAGAAUAUAAUAUUGGAACUUAUAUAAUUCCAUCAUCAGAUGAACAUAUUAGUGAAUAUACUUCUUUAAGUGAAAAAAGAAGAGAAUAUAUUAGUGGAUUUACAGGAAGUGCAGGAAUUGCAAUCAUUACAUUAGAAGAUGCAUCUAAAUUAUCUGGUGAAGCUCUUUUAUCUACUGAUGGUAGAUAUUUUUUACAAGCUGAAAAACAAUUGGAUCUCAGGGUAUGGAAAAUUUUAAAACAAGGAAAUAUUGGUCAACCUCCAUGGAAUAAAUAUAUUGUAAACCAAGCAGUCAAAAAUAAGUUUAGUUCCACUAUUUCAGUAGACCCACGUUUGAUCUCAAUUGAGAUAGGUGAUUAUUUUAGGAAAGAAAGUUUACACUCAAAUUUCAAGUUUAAGCCAGAAUUUACCAACCUUGUUGACUUAGUUUGGGAGAACGAUACAAUUGAAAAACCAAUUAGAUCAUUGGAUCCUGUGUAUUAUUAUGAUUUAAAGUAUAGUGGAAAACAUACAAAUGGUAAAUUGAAAGAAAUUAGACAAAAAUUAAAGGAUUCAAAUUCAAAAUAUUAUAUCGUAAGUGAAUUAGAUUCAAUUGCUUGGUUAUUUAAUUUGAGAUCAGAUCAAGAUGUACUUUUUACUCCUGUAUUUUAUGCUUACGCUAUUGUAAGUGAGGAUAAUGUCACAUUAUAUAUAGACAAGAGGAAAUUAAAUAAAGAAGAUGAAGAAUUAAACAAAUAUUUACAUUCAAUUAAAAAUCUUAUAAUUGUGGAUUAUACAAGUUUUUAUGAUGAUUUGUAUAAAUUGAAAUUAAAAGAUAAUAUUACCUUACCAAGUAAAGCUUUUACAAAUUAUGCAUUAUAUAAUAUCAUUCGUGACAAAUUUAGACUUGAUAAUAUUUUACAUGAAUCAAUUAUUGCUAAUAUUAAAGUAUUCAAAAAUGAAACUGAGUUAUUCAAUACCAAAAUUGCACAAUAUAAAGAUUCAUUUGCAUAUAUUAUAUUCAUUGCUUGGUUGGAAGAUCAACUAAUUAACAAGAAAAAAGUACUUAAUGAAUGGGAUGCAGCUUUAAAAAUUUACAAAAUUAGAUCCAGAUUACCUAAUUUUAAAGGAUUAAGUUAUGAUACAAUUUCAUCAACAGGUGCAAAUGCUUCAAUUAUACAUUAUUCACCGUCACCGGAAGAAAAUUCAAUUAUAGAUCCAAAUAGAAUAUAUUUAAUAGAUUCUGGAUGUCAUUUUUUAGAAGGCACUACCGAUAUCACAAGAACCUUCAAAUUUGGAGACAGUACAAUUCCUUCAAAUUAUAAAAAGUAUUACACUUUGGUAUUAAAAGGACAUAUAUCUGUUGCAAUGGCUAAAUUCCCACCAAAUUCAAAAAACACUCCAUUUAUUUUAGAUUCUUAUGCUAGACAACCAUUAUGGAAUCAAGGAUUAGAUUUUAAUCAUGGUACUGGUCAUGGAGUUGGACAUUUUGGUACUAUACACGAAGGACCAUUGUAUAUUCCUACUCAACCAAGUGUUAAAGAUUUAGAUUUAUUUAAACCUGGAGCUAUUGUUACAGAUGAACCUGGAUAUUAUAUUGAUGGUGAAGUUGGAUUUAGAGUUGAAUCUGAAUUGGAAAUAAUUGAAGUUGAAGAUGGUGGAAGAACUAAAAAUGGUGCAAAAUUUUUAGGUUUUAAUUAUUUGACAAAGAUUCCAUAUUGCAAGAAAUUAAUUGAUUUGAAUUAUUUGAGUAAUGUUGAAAUUCAAUGGAUAAAUAAUUAUCAUGAAAAUAUAAAGAAUGAAUUUGGUGAUAAAUUAUUGGAAAUUGGGGAUAAAAGAGCUUAUGACUGGUUGAUCAAUGAAACAAAACCGUUAUAG